GCUCGAGAGAAGCUCGUUACUCGUGAAGCGGAGUGUGGAGCCUCCCCUUCCUAAAACCCCUGCUGUCUUAAGCCUCCAGGGUUUAUCGUCUCUCCCAUGGCGAAAUCUCCCUUUUCUCUUCUGCUCCUCAGACGCCUCCCCCAACUUCACAAACCCUCCCUUUCUCUUCUCUCCCGCUCUCAUUUCCUCUCCACCUGCCAACCCACGACUCCCCCCUCCAACUCCCCAGACCCCAGAAGCUCUCUCUCGGCUCGCAUGAGCUUCGUCUUCGACCAAAUCGACGCCAUCGAAAAGGAACGCUCACAGAAGGACGAAGCCCUUCAGCGAAUUCGAGCCUGGCGCGACUCCAAGCACAAGAACAACCACCCCAAAGAGGAGAAUGUAGUAUCGGAGUCGGGGGUCGGGCAGUUCAUUGAUUCAAAUGUGAACAAUUCGAAUGAUUCGGAGGAGAAGAGGAGGGAGAGAGAUGGUUUGGUGGCGAAGGAGGUGGAGUUGGUGCACCCGUGGAAAGAGUGGAUCGAGUUGAUGGAGAGAUUGGUUCAGCAGAACUACUUUGAUCACAGGAGGAAGGACGAGGACAGAAUGGUCCAGGAUUUGGGGUUUGACAUGUCGGAGGUUGCUGACGAAGCGGUUGAUUUCACUAGGGAUUUCAAGACAGUUCAGACCGCUUGUCUAAAUUUUGGGCGUGAUCGGUUCGAUAUCUUGAGGUCAUUGUCAAGGCAGGAUAUUCAGCUUUUGGUUGGCUAUGGAUGUCCUAGCGUGGACAAGAAGGUUGUUUUCUCUGCAAAGCUAUUGAGGAAGCAUGCCCACCUUGAUGAAGGAGAUGUCUGCAGUUCUUGCAGUUUAAGGAGUUCCUGUGAAAGAGCAUAUUUGCUAACAAAUAAAGAAGAUGAAGCCCGGACUAUUGACAUUAUGCGUAUCCUACUGACUUUUGGCUUUGAUCCGGUGAAUGGAUCAGUUGUUAAUAAGCCUUUAUUGAAAGUCAAAUCUGUGAAGACUGUAGUCCGUAAAUUGCUUCAUGAAGUUGUCAAAUUAAGUGCGGUUCCUAUUGAUCCUAAUCUCCCCCCACCAGUAAUUAAAAAGCCCCCUCCAAAAGUGAAGCAGCCGCCUCCCCCUCCAAAGAAACGAGUUGGACGUGAUGACAUUGAGAUGAAGAAAGGGGAUUGGCUAUGUCCUAAAUGUGACUUCAUGAAUUUUGCAAAGAACACCGUGUGCCUGCAAUGUGAUGCUAAGAGACCAAAGAGACAGUUGCUUCCAGGAGAAUGGGAAUGCCCAGAGUGCAACUUCUUGAAUUAUAGGAGGAAUAUGGUAUGCUUUCAUUGUGAACACAAGCGCCCCCCUGAUGAAUUUACAGAGAAUCGUACACGGGAAAGGCAACCUGAUUCUAAGAUGAGGUUUGAGAAGAUUGCCAACCGGAUAGAGGUUUCUAAUGCCUGGAAUUUUAAUUUUGAUGAUGACGAAUCAGAUGGGGCCGAUGUAGCUGCUUUUGAGUAUGCAGAUUCACCAAGAAUGGAUGAAGAGUUAGAAGAUCGUACUCAAGGAGGAAAUCUUGAAGGACCUGAAAAUGAUUUCUCCCACACUACUAGCAGAUUUUCCACCACGUCCCGGGAAAGAGGUUAUCCCAAUCCUGAUCAUAACAGAUCUGCAACAGGAUUUGACGAUUUUGAUGACGAAGAUGAUGAUGUUGACUGUUAUGAGAUAGAGACUCAAAAUGGUGCCGCAGCACAGCAAGCAUCUUCUAAUGAUUUUCCUGAGAUCAGAGGGUACGCUGAGCCUUUACAGUUUGAAGGCUCUGAUGAUGAGUUGCCUGCUCGUCACAGAAUGAGUUCCUUUCCUACUAGGCCAUCUGAACGAAUUCGUCGAAAAGCAGCCUUCUCUGGUUCAGAGGAUGAUUUUGACGUUGAAUCAGAUGAAGACCUUCCAGUUCAUCCCAACUGGAAAUCUAGUCAUGUGGCUGAUUCAAGACAGAGAAGUCGAGGCCGAGGUGCGGUUGGCUCCUCAAGAGGUAUGAAUUUCCAUGGGGACAAGGAACUUGGGGUCAUCUCAGAUGGUGAUGAUGAUCUAGACAAAGAUGGUCCAUCCAUGCGAGGUGGAGAAAAUAGAUGGGGUUCUCGUAGAAGAGAAUCCCGGAGACCAAGCUCUGAUAUUGAAGAUGAUCAGUUUAAUGGUUCAGAUUUUGAUAAAUAUGAUCUACAUUCUCCUAGGAAUCGACCACAAGGCAACAGAGCUGGACUUCAUCGAAGAGGAAAACCUUUAAAUGGUCGGGAUAAUUUUGAUUUUUCCAGAAAUACACGAUUUAGGUCUGACCGUAAAAUGGGUAACAGAGGGAACUCUUUUGCUGGCGACUUUGAUAGAUCAUAUGGCGCUGAUAGAGGAUACAGGGGUCGUGAAGGGAAGCCUUUAAAUGGUCGGGAUAAUUUUGAUUUUUCCAGAAAUACACGAUUUAGGUCUGACCGUAAAAUGGGUAACAGAGGGAACUCUUUUGCUGAUGACUUUGAUAGAUCAUAUGGUGCUGAUAGAGGAUACAGGGGUCGUGAAACUCGUGAUUAUGGUAGGCGAAGGUUUGAGGGUGGCAUGGAUAGAGAUUCUGGUCGUGAUAGACGCCGGAGGCCAAUAGUUAGAAGAUCAAUUUAAGCCAUGGUACAAUUAGAAUACCAGUAUUGUGCUAAUGCCUGCCAAAUUUGUUUCUGGAAUUGGGUGGAUAUGCAUGUUUCAUGCUCAAUGAAGGCGGGCUCAAUGAAGGCAGAGAAAACUCCAAGAGGGGAAGCACUUCCAUUUUCAGCGCACCAGCCUUGCAUCAACAGCAAGCUGCCUCUCUCUCUCUCUCUCUCUCUUUGUGGGGAGAUGCAUGGAAAUUGGAAUUUUAUUUACUGACCAAUUGUUAGGGCACGCUUUGUGUGAUUUAUUUGUUUAUUUUUGUUCUUUAUUCAAGAUGGUUGUAAUUUAUGAUAAGAGAGAUUAUAUUGACAUACUACAAAUUUUUGUAAAAGAAAUAAGGAAGAAAUCAUAAGCUGAUCCUUGUAUUAUCAUGUGAAAAUUAUUUUGUCUUUAUAAAUUUUUUAAUUAGACCAA